UCAUUCAAACAGGGGCAAUGGCGCACGCAUUCUCUGGCAAUCCAGUGAUUCCUGGUAAGCAAGCCGGACCGGCCGCCGAGGCGAUUCUCGCUCGCCUUGCGGCGGAAAGCUCUCUCUCGCUGCAAAUUCUUCCUUUCUUUCAAGGGAAGGCGCUGGUGGUAGCAUUCGAAUCGGGGAAAUGGAGGCUGUCUUGGCAAGGGAUCGAGGGGAUUGCUCAAUCGGGGAUUGUGGAGGAGAUUUCCAAGAACAUGGUGUAUCUAGGGGAGAAAGAGGGUCUAGUUUACUGUGCAAUCGAUGCUACGCCGCGACAACCCAGGGAUUCUAGCAAUGGCCGAGCCAUUGCCGCGAGGUUUGAGAAGAAUGGAGGCGGCGAGGCGGGAUUCGUGGACCUGAGGACGCUGAUGAUCGCGGCGGAGUGGACGGACGAAGAAGUCAUGGGAGAGCUCUCUAUCGCCGGACAUGCGAGAGCGUUGCUCGAGUGGCAUCGUCAAGUCCAAUUUUGCGGGCGAUGUGGAACGAUAACUCAUCUGUGCGAUGCCGGCCAGAGACGUCGGUGCUCGAGCAUUGACUGCAACUACAAGCUAUAUCCUCGAAUCGAUCCAGUUGUGAUCAUGCUUGUCAUUGAUCCAGAAAGAGAUAGAGCAUUGCUUGCUCAUCAACCGAAGUAUGUUCCUCGAAUGUGGAGUUGUCUCGCUGGUUUCAUCGAGCCAGGAGAAAGUCUGGAGGAGGCUGUAAGACGUGAAACUCGAGAGGAAACUGGCGUUGAAGUUAGCAACAUCGUCUAUCACAGUUCACAGCCUUGGCCAGUCGGGCCGGGCAAUAUGUCGUGCCAGCUCAUGGUUGGAUUUUUCGCGGUGGCGACAACGUUUGACAUCCAAGUCGAUAAGAAAGAACUCGAAGAUGCACGCUGGCAUUCCCGAGAAGACGUCCAAAAAGCACUGUCAAACGCAGAUUAUACACGCGCGCAAAAAGCAACUGGCAUCAAUGUGUACAAGACUUGCCUUGGCGAAGAGAUGCCCGGAAGAAAUUCUUCACCGAUGAAUAUGGUAGCUGCCGGAGAAGGGAUUUUUGUGCCUGGACCAUAUGCUAUAGCGCAUCACUUGAUAUCAACAUGGGCUUCUCAGGGCUCAACAGCAUUGCUCAGCAAGAUCUGAAAGACGCUGCAGUAGCAGGCCAGGCACUUUCGAAGUCUUAGAGAUCACAGCAAGGCAUUGCUUUGGAAAUUCUGCGCAGUCGGGGCUUCCCUCGCAAAGUUUCUAUCGCUACUUCGUUAUAAAAAUCUCUCUUCCAAUCCAUCAGAGGCCAUGGCACGUCA